GGUGCGGUGCUGGAGUCUGAGAGCGUCUCUGUAAAACGUCAGAAAGUUACAGAAAAAAGCAUCGCCACGUAAUUACAGGCCCCUAUUAGGACGAUCUUCCGUCCCGGGGGGUCUUAGGUUCUCAUUUGUUCCCCGCUCGGGCUUCCUUCUCCUGCCCAGUGUGCGCUGUUUGAAGUGCCGGAGUCAAAAACCGCUUCGCGAAGCGCCCUCGCCCCAAACGAGGCUGCGUCUUCGGCCCUCCUCUUCGGAACGCAGAGCGAGACCUCCCGAACACCCACGCAUCUGGUAGACAUCAUCUCCUCCACUGCCGUGAGUCAACAAGCGCUGAGAACGACAAGAAGGAGGAAGGAGAAAAAAAAAAAAAAAAAAACGUUUCUCCGAAGUCGCUGUGGGAUUUGGACUGGGCCGGGCGCGAUACCGCUCGCCAUCCGGGGGGGCUUUCAGUGAGUGGACUCAUCGUCGGCGCGAUCUCCCGACCCGAGUUGUGGAAAAACUGUGGAGGGGAACGGAGGGAAGGAAGGGGACGCGAGAAGAACUUCAGCUUCACACUUCAAUUGUCCGUCCCGCUGCGCGCCCCGUGAAUCUCUGCGGGUUCGAGACGUCUCGAGAUCUGCGGAGCGUCAGCGCCGGCGGUUCCGGAUGAUCCGUACAAGCGCUUUUGUGACGCAAGGGCCGACUCGCUGACUCGCCGGCAGCUUUGGAGACCACCGGCUCAGGUGCCUGACUGUAUGCAUGCGAAGGAAUAAUAAGUCGUCCCGCUCGCUGCUCCUCCAUUCAUUACCCCGCAUCCCAUUUGCGUCAUGACUUCUGGUUAUGCACAUGUAAUGGACAGACAAGCCACGAUAUCCAGCCGCCUGGAGAGUCCGAUUACAGCCAAUCUGGAGAACCUACAGGCUAAGAAGAAGUUCUCAGUGAGUCACCUGUUGGAUCUGGAGGAGGCAGGGGAGAUGGUGGGUGCGCAGGCGGAGGAGGCCGGCGUAGAGGCCGGACGGGGCAUGCUCGAGUCCCCGGGACUGACCAGCGGCAGCGACACCACGCAGCAGGACAGUAAGUGUCCAGGGAGCUCCCGGGAUGAGCAGCUGAAUGCAGAGGAGAAGAAGAAGAGGAAACAGCGGCGGAAUCGAACCACAUUUAACAGCAGCCAGCUUCAGGCUCUGGAGAGGGUCUUUGAGAGGACGCACUACCCCGAUGCCUUUGUCCGAGAAGACCUGGCACGGAGAGUCAACCUCACUGAGGCUCGAGUACAGGUGUGGUUCCAGAACAGACGGGCCAAGUUUCGCAGGAAUGAACGGGCCAUGCUUGCCAGCAAGAAUGCUUCCCUGCUGAAGUCGUACUCUGGGGAUGUGACAGCAGUGGAGCAGCCGAUUGUACCCCGCCCCGCACCUCGGCCCAACGACUACCUUUCCUGGGGCAGCACAUCCCCCUACAGGUGUCUCUUCCCAUCCAGCGAACAAUCAUUUCAGUGCCAUGGCUACCUAUACACCCACAUGUGCCAACACCAACACCUCCCAGGGAAUGAACAUGGCGAACAGCAUCGCCAAUCUACGCCUCAAGGCCAAGGAGUACAGCUUGAACCAGGUGCCCACGGUCAACUAAGGGAGUGAAUAAUGUUGUCCCCUGGAAGAGACCCGAGGAGGACUAUUUGACAUUGAGAUCCAUGUCCAAUCAGGCUUGCUCCAGGCAACAAGCCUUCCUUUGGGAUUUACAAGAAACUCUUCCACUGGUGGGACACCAUCUUAUUCUUGAAUGUAUUCUAUUCUUGAGCAACCAUUGGGAUAGAGAGAGACUGAGUUAUAUCAAAAUGUUUCUGCACACUUCCCCUUGAACAUUAUAAGUAAGCAGGUCUCAGUUAGUCAAAGAAAAAAAACAAUGAAAAAAGCCUGGAUACUUUUGCAGACUGGUUUAAGCUGAAGAAAAUACAUUUCAACAGAAUGGAACAGGCUGCUGAUGUCCUUGAAUAUUAAAAGCUAAGUAUCCUAAAGUCCAGUAGUUGGCACCACCUGAGAAAAUUCCCCAGGGUUCUCCAGCAACCACUGGAUUGGAUCACCACGGUUUUCCCCAGUGACAAAACCAAAGACCCUCAUCCUGCCUUUUCAUGACCCAAGGGGAAGAAACAACAGACCGGUGGAAAGUGUGUGUUCCCGGUAUUUUCAAAAAACAAGACUUCAGCCAGUGUAUAAACUGGAAACUUUUAAACUUGGUUAUGUUAUUUUAUUGUUUUAUUUCAAUUUCCCACUUUAUACCACUGACAAGCAAACCUCGUCAUUGCAUCCUGAUUUAUAUAACAUACACUAUACAACCUAUGUCAGCUAAUGUAACUCAUUUUGAACCCAAAUACUAGUUGCUCUUUUUGUUUGUAUGGUAUCUUUAUUUGUAACAGAAAAUCGUAUAUAAUAAUAAAAAAGCAGUUUCAAGCAAUAUAUAAUGCAAUGGUGUUAGACUUUAGAGCUUAUUCUUGAAAGUGGAUUGCAAAAUUAUUAACAGUAUUUAGGACAUUGGUAGCUACUUGCUAGAAUGCACUUUUAUUUAAAUCUGAAAUUGUUCUUCUCAUUAAAAGGUAACUUGGAACUGUUGCUGGCAACAGUGAUUCAAUUUUGCAGAAAAUCAUGUCAUCCUGGGUAGUUAGUAUGUGUGAAGUAUACCACUAAUUACAGAAAAUUUAGAAUAAAUAUCUAUGAAAUAAUUGUCAGAAUCUAUUCAUGGUCUUCACCUCUUUUGAUUUUCACCUUAUGAAAAACUAAAUAGUAAUAAGUCAACAACAACAGUGCUAGUUUCCUGUUGUAUGUGGUGGUCAUAUGUGGCCAAAAAUGAAAAUUGCAUUCAGCAUUAAGGUACACUCCAUAUAUUAAAAAAAAGAAAGCAAGAAUCAAUGUCACAAUCCAACCAAAACUUUCACUGAAGACAGAAUCUAAGAGGCUUCUCUAAAAUCUUUUAUGGGACACAGAAAAAUGUCAAAAAAGCAACUUGUACCUGUUUUGAGGCUAUCCUUUGUCUUACCACUUCCAUUGUACAUAAUGUCAGCUUGAUAAUGAUAAUGUACAGGCGGCCACGUUACCACGACAGCUGAGGAGGGUGAAUGUUCCCUUGGAAAUGACGGCCCAGCACCCACUAUAUCAGCAAUUAUUCAUCUAAACUACAGCAAUCACUGGAUAACUUAUAUCACCUUUGUUCUGCAGUUACAGCUAAACAAAUGCAAGGCUUGAAGUAACAGCUCUUGGAAUUUUUGUGACUUCCACUUAAGAGUGUUUUAUUGCUCAGAGCGGGACUUUCCUGCAGCCACACACACACUCUCAAUGCUUUCUGUGGAACUGCAGUGUUUACCUAGGAAACAAUAUUUUAUAGUGCAGGAAGCUUUUUUAAUGGACCCUAUGGCCUCUUUGGGGUUAAUCACUACCAUAAUGUUGUCUCUGUACCCAAAGCUUUUUUGAGUUUACCACUUACAUAUGACCCAGCAAGCCCCCACUGUGACCCAUGGGCGAGGACUCAGGGGCUACCACCGCUAGGCCAAAGAGGAAAUGCCACUCAGGAAAGCCUCUGAUCUUUGUCAAUCAUACCCUCAGCAUUGUUUAUAUUAUCUUUAUUAAUUCCUUAUUUAGCUCCCACCAUAAUCCUAGGGGACUUGUGUGAGAAAAUUUGAAUGUUUGAAACAAAACAAUGAUCUACUUAGUAAAGAGUAAAUUAUGGUAUUGAAAAGAGCUGGAACAAAAGCCUAAAAACUCAUGAUAUACACAUUUAUCUUAAACAUUUUGUGCCAUUAAAUUUAACC